AUGAGAUCAAUUAGAUGGAUCGCUUAUGCUACUCGUGCCUUCAUCAUCAGAUUUUGGCUAUUGACUAGGAAUGCCAAGUCGGCUGAUAUCUUUAUCAUGUUGAUAGCCUAUUCAGUUAUGCAUUUAACGUUUAUCAAUCUGUUUAGGAAUAUGCGCAAAUUGAGAUCAAAAGUUUGGCUUGGUCUGGUCACUUUAUUAUCAUCCAUAUUUGCCUUUAUUUUGGCUCUCAUCACCGCACACGCAUUUCACAUUCGAAUCAAUCCAAUUUUGCUUUCUGAGGCUUUACCGUUUUUAGUCAUCACCAUUGGUUUUGAUAAACCCUAUAUCCUGGCUCAUGCUCUCUUCACCAAUCCCAACCUUUCACCACCUCAUCUACGUCGUCACUUACCUAAACCUGCCCUUCGUGCUAGAGACGUAGUCGUGGAAUCUAUUGAGCGUGUAGGUGUAAGGAUCUUCAGGGAUUAUGUCAUCGAGAUGACUGUACUUGGUUUGGGUGCUAUGAGUGGCGUCAAUGGUCUCACCGAAUUCUGUCAACUAGCUGCUCUCAUUCUCGGCUUUGAUUGUUUACUCUUGUUUGGUUUCUACGUGUCAAUCUUGACUGUGUUUGUUGAGCUUCAUCGGAUCCAGAUCAAUCGACAACUUUAUCGUACCGAUUCCACCACUGAGCUCUCUAAACUACUUGACGAUGGCAAUUCACCUUCGGUAGAAACCGUAACUGAUCAAUUAGCUCAAAAGGAAUCUAUUCGAUCGGUUCGAAAUAAACUCUUCAACCUCUUUACUGCCAACGAUGAUUCUAAUACGCCAUCUACUGCUGUCGUCGGUACCAGCCGCGUCAAGUUGAUUUUAAUCUGUCUUUUCCUUUCUCUCCAUGUUCUCAACCUCUGCACCACUCUUACUGCCAACACAGCCUUUACUCGGUACACUUCGCACCCCUUUCCUACUACUACAGCCACUGCCGCGCUCAAGAUGCCCAAUCCUUACAAGCUACCACUCCAACAAUUGGUGACCGAAUCUUUACCUACAUCUGAAGUUGAUCUGACGGUAUCAAUUCUUCCGGUGGUACAACUUGCGGUCAUGCCUUCACGUUUAUCUAUUUCAAAAUUCAAUCCCAGUGAUAAUGAAUUCAUGUCAUCAUGGACAGCAUUUGUGGGAGAUCCUGUGAUGUCGAAGUGGAUAGUACUUGCACUUGGAAUCAGUGUGUUACUAAAUGCUUAUUUACUGAAAGGGAUUGCUACUAGUUCUUUGGAUGAAGCCAGGAGGUUUGAAGAUCAGGAUGAAGCCUUUGCUUCGCUCACACCUGCUGAACGCGCUGCUAGAAUCUUACUGGCGUCAACCAGCGGCGGGAUCAAUGUUUAUGGUGGAGAGCGAAUUAAAGGUCGAAAGCCUCGUCGGUCGAGCGUUUUGGGACUAUCGAUGACACCUACCUUGAAAGGAUUUGGUGCUGCCGGUUCUAAGCCUACGAUCUCGUUUACUCCCUUCAGCCCUAUCACACCAUCUAUUUUUUCACCAUCGGCGACUGAAUUUGACCGAUUACCUAACCGACCCUUGGAGGAAUGUGAAAAGAUCUUGAAAGGUUUCGAAACAGGUGCAGAGAAUUUAACAGAUGAGGAAUUGAUUGAAUUGGUUCAGAAUGGAAAGUUAGCUGCUUAUGCUCUUGAGAAAGCAUUGAAAAAGGAUUUGGUCAGAGCUGUUAGAAUUCGAAGGGCAUUGAUUUCACGAGCGUCGUCAACGAAGACCUUAGAGAGUAGUCAAUUACCUUAUCUUCAUUACGAUUAUUCUUUAGUAAUGGGACAGUGUUGUGAGAAUGUAGUAGGCUACACACCUAUCCCUAUCGGAAUAGCAGGACCGUUGAGGAUUGAUGGAAAAGCUUUCCCGAUUCCUAUGGCUACGACUGAAGGAGCAUUGGUGGCAUCAACUUCCAGAGGAUGUAAAGCUUUGAACGCAUCAGGAGGUGUGACUACCGUUAUCACGGCAGAUGCGAUGACAAGAGGCCCAGCAUUAGAAUUUCCCAGUUUGAAAGAAGCUUGUCAAGCCAAAGAAUGGAUCGAUUCGAUUGAAGGAUCGCGCAAAUUGAAAGAAGCCUUUGAUUCAACAUCCAGAUUUGCUAGAUUAGUUUCCCUAAAAGCUGCAUUAGCAGGUCGGACAUUGUUUGUUAGAUUUGGAACUCAAACGGGAGAUGCGAUGGGAAUGAAUAUGAUUUCGAAAGGUACAGAAAAAGCAUUAGCUUUAAUGGGAUCAGAAGAAUUCUUUCCAAUGAUGAGAGUGAUCAGUUUAAGUGGAAAUUAUUGUACAGAUAAAAAACCGUCUGCAAUGAAUUGGAUUGAAGGUAGAGGUAAAUCAGUUGUAAGUGAAGCGAUUGUAAAAGGAGAAGUGAUGGAGAAGGUUUUGAAAACUACUGUACAAGAGAUUGUGAAAUUGAAUGUGACUAAGAAUUUAGUGGGAAGUUCAAUGGCUGGUAGUAUUGGUGGAAUGAAUGCACAUGCUAGUAACAUCUUAACAGCAAUCUAUUUGGCUACUGGACAAGAUCCAGCACAGAAUGUGGAAAGUUCGAAUUGUAUGACUUUGAUGGAACCGAUCAAUAACGGAAGAGAUCUUUUAAUCACGUGUACAAUGCCAUCCAUUGAAGUGGGAACCAUUGGAGGUGGGACGAUUUUAGCACCACAAGGAGCUAUGUUAGAGAUGUUAGGGAUCAAAGGAUCACAUUCUACUACACCAGGUGAUAAUGCUAGAAUGUUGGCUAGAAUUGUUUGUGGAUCAGUUAUGGCUGGUGAAUUGAGUUUAAUGAGUGCUUUAGCUGCUGGUCAUUUAGUAAAGAGUCAUAUGGCACAUAAUCGAUCAGUAACUAAUACACCUACGAUGAUGAGAUCACCAGCAAUGAGUAGAACGAAUACUGGAUUACCAUUGAAUGCUAGAAUUGGAGGGAUUGGAACAGGAGGGAUUGGAAAACCAUCUAAAUUGAGAAUUGAAAAUGAAACCACCCAUGAAAAGUAA